CUCAUUUCUCUUUUCUUCCCUGUUCACAUUCCUUACAUACACACGCAUAUCUGCACAUACCACUUGGCAACAGCAACUCAGCAUCAACAUUGCCCAGUACUUUCCUACACUUCCUUUGCAUUGUCCCCUCCACUACGACCGAUGAACUCCGUCCAAAACAUCUUUUUCGGCAUUCGCGAGUACCUGAGCCCUGUCCUCAAAAACUCAAAGUUCAAAGAGACAGGAUGCAUCACCCCCGAGGAGUUUGAGGCCGCGGGCGACUUUUUGGUUUACAAAUGCCCCACAUGGAACUGGGAGGGCGGCGAAGUCAGCAAGCGUCGCGACUACUUGCCGGCCGAAAAGCAGUUCUUGAUUACUCGCAACGUGCCAUGCUUGCGCCGGGUCAAGCAGAUGGAGUACACAGACGAGGACGCAGAGACCCAGAUUGAGAGCGACGGCGGUGAUUCCUGGGUUAUGUCCCAUAGCUCACGUGUAUCGGGCGGGCCAAUUGAAGAGAUCGCAGGCAUCAUGGAUGAGGACGAGGACGAGGACGCUGAGGCUGAAGCCGAGGCUCAGGCUGCCAUCAAGGCUAUGGAACGAUUGCAACUGCAGGAUCAGCUCCGAUCUGCUGCAGAGGAAGAUGACGACGACGGAGAGAUCCCCGAUAUGGAUGAUAUUCCCGACAUGGAAGAUUUUGACGACAUGGAGGAGGAGGCAGAUCCUGCAACACUCGCUCCAACAGUUCCCACAGAGGUUGAUCCUGGUGACAAGAUCUUGAGCGUUCGUACAUACGACGUAUUCAUCACAUACGACAAGUACUACCAAACCCCCAGAAUGUGGCUCUUUGGCUACGAUGAGCAUCGACGGCCCCUGGUGUCCUCGCAAAUCUUUGAGGAUGUCUCCCAAGACUAUGCUAAAAAGACUGUUACAAUCGAGACCCACCCUCAUCUGAACAUGUCUCUUGCCAGUAUCCACCCCUGCAGACAUGGAGCUGUGAUGAAGAAGAUCAUCGAAAAGGUUGCAAACGACGAGGGCAAGGAGGAACCAGUCAGGGUCGAUCAAUACCUUAUUAUCUUUUUGAAGUUUAUGUCCUCGGUUGUGCCAACUAUCGACUAUGAUAACACCAUCUCUGCCUAAGACCAAGCACAGGACACACCGGGCCAACAAUCCAGGACCAUGGGAUAGUCAUCUCGCUCUAGGACUUGCAGUUACCCAUUGUUAUCUCUCCU